UACUCUGAACUCUAAACACAGUACAAACAACGUUUUCCUGUGUCUCUUUUUAUUGCGACACCACCCAACCCUUCUCUUCUAAGUAAGCAUUUGAAUUCUCAACAUGGCAAGGCCUCUUCUUCCCUCUCUUAUGCACAAUCUUCCAUUCUCUUCCUCCAUGCCCAUGUCACUAUUCUUCGUUCUGCUUGCAAUCUUCUGUGUAUUUUCUGUGAUCACUUUUCUCUGCGGUUCUGGAAAACUGAAGAAGCUACACACAGAAACGGAGGAAAAACCAACAAGAUCUAAGGAACACAAGCUCAUUUCCAAGCUGAACAGCAACCUCGGCAACAAGACACUUUCCAUGGUGAAGAUGCUGUCAUGGAAGAAAGUACAGUCAGAAGGAGAAGAAGAGGGAGAUUAUGAUGACCAAGAUGAAGAAGAAGCUUUGUGGAGGAAGAACAUCUUGAUGGGAGAACGGUGUCGUCCUUUGAACUUUUCUGGGAAAAUUGAGCAUGAUUCUGAAGGGAAUUAA